AACCAGUAGAGGGUGGUAAUGUUCAUUUUCAACAAAACCUCUAGCAAAAGAAGAAGAGCGGCGUGUCAACAGAAGUGAAAACAUGGCAAAUGACAAGAGUCCUUUGAGCCAGCUCAAAGACCUGGUGGAGCUGAAGGACCAGCUGGAAGACAUCCAGAAACGGAUGGAGGAUGAAAUACAAGCCGGGGUUCCUCCAGGAGGCAGUCUGCUGGGCUCUCCUUUCCUGAAGGGGUUUCUUGCAGGCUAUGUUGUUGCAAGGCUACGAUCUUCUGCACUGAUGGGAGUUGUGAUAGGAACUUGUACAGGAAUCUAUGCUGCGCAAAAUUAUGCUGUUCCCAACAUUGAAAACACAGUCAAAGACUACAUAAAGAACUUGAAAGGAGGGAGCAAAUGAGAGGAGUGGAGGAAGCCAAGGGAAGAGGAGAGAGGAGAACGAGAGACCACCACAAGAAGAGGGUGCAGAUACAGCUGCAUAUGGGAACAGAUAUACUUCUAAGUUUAAACCUUUUCAUUGAGUAUUGCUCAGCACCCACAUUGUUUUUAAAACUUUAAAGUAGAUCCCAGCUUACAAAGAAGGGUUUAAAAUGGUGAUUCUAUUAUUAUUAUUAUUGUUUUGUGGGGUAUAUUCACCUCGAUGCUUGCUUCAUUAGUGUUAAGAGCGGGUGACUGAAAUAUGUUUUGAACUGAACUGAGCAUAUUACAAUCCAUGUAAAAAGAAAUACAAUUCAUGUAUUGUAGCAUUAGGCCCCUGUUUUGCCAAUAUGGCCAAUAAUCAAAAUCAAGACAAACUGCUGUCAUUAAUUACAUCCUUGUAGCUGCUAUAAUUGAUCUCUGAUCUCAGCUUUAUUUCUUCUUCAUGACUUACUUUUGGAGAUUCCUGGAUAUGAAAGGGUGACCAACUGUCUACAUGGACAGACCAGUUAUGUUGCCUAUUUAAUCUCACUUUAAAAUAAGGUUUACUGCAGAGAAACACACUUAUUGGCUCCUCAAACACACAGAGAGCCGAGUUUCUCCAAGAGAAACAGUGCACACAGUGCUUUAGAGGUUUACAGAGUGUGGCCUAAACGGUGACAGUAUAUAUGUAACAGUAAAGCAUGUGAGGUUAAGAAGAGUGUUGUAUUCUGCCCCCAAGUGGUGAGAAAUCAAUUAUUGCAGACUUGGCUCAUUUGCACUUUCUUGCUCAGGGUUUGAUAGAGCAUGUAUACAUUGUUUCACCUCACACACCAUGGUGCUCUUCAGGGUUUAAACCUGUCUGACUUGUUUCUUGAUAGUUGUCACAUUGUUCGUAGGUGUCAGAGCAAGGUUUGUAAUAUUGGAUCAUGUGUCUUUAUGGCCAUGACACACCCUCCCAUGUUAUUAGGUCAAGUUUUACUUGGUAAGACAUUUUGGUUUUUAAUUCAGUCUCCUUAUAUGUAGAGGUUUGAAGAAAAACUAACAUUACACUUAUGGAAAGCUGUCGAUUUUACAAUUGUUAACUGCAAAAAUUCCCCACUCCACAUUCAAAAAUAUGACAGUGCUCCCAAAUGUUUCUCUUUCCUCCUUACAAAGUCUUUCAGACCUCAAAUAUAAUGUAUAUAUACAGUAUAUAUGCCAAAGUGAAAUUAUUUUCAGCUACUGUUUAAAUUUUGUUUGGGAGAUUUUAACAGCGUAUAAAUUGUGUGUGUUGAUGUUUUUUGUGUGUAAAAUAUAUUAAGAGUGCCUACUCUGGUUGGACUUGAUAAAACCAUCUCAUGCCAUGUGUGCAAUAGCCUGUCCUAAAUGGAUUAGGCUGCCUAUUUCAAAUGCUGGAAGCGAGUUGAUCUUUUGCACUUGUAUGUCUUUUUGGGAUUUGAAACUGUUUCUUUGUUUUGUUUUAAUCAAUGCUUUUUUGUCCCAGAAUCACCCAAAUAUAUUAAAGAAAAGCAGAAAUAUACUAUUUAGAAAUUAUGUUUGUGCAUCAUGUUAUGAGAAUGUGUGCACACUGUAAGGUAUCCCGUGUUGAGGAGGGCAUUUUAUCUACACAUUUGCUAGAUGUCAUUACUUGUCCAUAAGUAGUUCUGUUGCCUGUGGACACUAGUCUGAACACUCCAUGUGCAGCACCAGAUACAUUAACAGUUGUGUAUUCAAUCAGCUGAUAUGUCAUAAAGUGUGAGUUGUUGAUUGCUUGGUAGAGUUUGUUGCUCCACAUCCAUUGAAAAGUUAAGAAUUGAUAUUCAUUCACAUUUCUUUAAAAAAAGUCACCUUUAAUAAUAAAAUCCAUGAUUCAGCAUCUUUUUCUCUUCCCAAACUGGUACAUCCUUAUGCAUAGAAUGAAUGAAAUGUAAAACUGCACUAAGAUGUUUUCAUAUGACAGCAUCAGUUGCUGCCGUUUGAAACGAUUGCACAUUUCUUGUGUUCACAGUCAGGCCUGUAACAGGUAGACACAAAAAGCCAUAAAGGGUAACAGUGUUCUGAUCGAGGUUGUUUUGAUGUUUUCUUUGACUGGAAAGUGUUUUGGGAAACUGGAAACUGAGUGUAGUGUGUCCUCCUUCUUUGCUAAAUGGACCCUCCCCCCCCAAAAAAAAUGUGCCUGUUGACAAUAAGUAUGUUAUUGUCCCCGUGUUGCAUGCUCACUUUUUUUUACGAUUUCCUGUUUAUGUCUUUGCAUGUUUUCUUAUUUUAUCGUAAUACCCUUCCUUAAGACUCAGUAUGCUGUGGUAUUUAGAAUAAGACGAGUAAACUGAAAGGACUACAUUUCAGUUGCAUAUGUAACUGGGUAUCACUCAUUUGAAUUCAUGCAAAAACACAACAUCAAACUUCUUGGCAUUCAGUUUGAAAAUGUCAGAGUUUAAAAUAAAACCACCAAAACCGUUGUUAAAAGUUUUAUUUUGGGUGUUCAAAUAAAUGUGGGAAAGUACAGUUA